CUCUUUUAUUGUGGGGCAGGGUCUCACUUCGUCACCCAGGCUGGCCUCGAGCUUGCCAUCCUCCCGCGGUGGCCUCCUGGGUUGCUGGAAUUACAGGCAUGAGCUACCAGCCGCACCCAGAAAAUCUGACCUCUUUUGCCGUACAUUUCAAAAUGUGCAGCUUUGUGUCAUCUCUACCACAUUCGAUUAGGACAGCGUUUCCUCACCCCAAAGCUCCCUGGGGCCCGCCCUCCCAUCUUUUCCACACCUCCCUGUCGCCAACCCCUGGCAGGGCUUCGCUCCCUCUUUGGAGAAGGUCCUAGAAUGCAAUUGUGGCCCCGAUGGGUCUCUGAGAAGGAUUUCUCUGCCCGCGUGACACGCCUGAGGCUGACCUGGGCUGCAGAGGAGCCCCUGGCUGAGCAGGCAGGAGCCUGGCCCCCAGGUGGGCCGCCUGCUCCCUGUCCUGGGCCUGAUUCCAGUGUCUGCUGGUUGUGGAGAAUUGCGACAAACCUUGGGCGCAGGGUUUUGGAGAAAUGCCCUAAGGCCACUGAGCUGCUCAGAGGGCUGCCGUGGUGGCCCGCAGCUCCCAGGCCACCUGCAUGUACGUGGCAGGCUCCUGCUGACACACCUGGAAAGCCACCUUGGGUUCUACCAGCAUCAUCCUCAACAACCCGCCCAGGCCAUGGAGGCCCCCGAGGUCCCCGUGGGCUCCCUGGUUGACUUUGGGACAGAGCCGCCCACCGCCCCUCCCCUGGAGGCAGCGCCCUCAACACUGCAGGACGGGGAUGGCUCCCUGGGGGACGCUGCCUCAGAGAGCGAGACCACCGAGUCCGCGGACAGCGAGAACGACAUGGGCGAGUCGCCCUCACACCCGUCCUGGGACCAGGACCGCCGCUCCUCCUCCAACGAGUCCUUCUCCUCCGGCCAGAGCGCCGAGUCGGCCCAGGACGAGGACGCCCUGGCACUGCGGGAGUUCAUGCGUGGCUACGUGGAGAAGGUCUUCUCAGGAGGGGAGGACUUGGAUCAGGAGGAGAAGGCCAAGUUCGGGGAGUACUGCAGCAGCCAGGAUGGGAAAGGCCGCGAGUGGUUUGCUCGAUACGUGAGCGCCCAGCGCUGCAACUCCAAGUGCGUGUCGGAGCCGACCUUCUACCGGCUGGUGCAGUCCUUCGCGGUGGUGCUGUUCGAGUGUCAUCAGAUGGAUGACUUCGGACCUGCCAAGAACCUCAUGACCAUGUGCUUCACCUACUACCACCUGGGCAAGCCGCAGCAGCUCCCCUCCGAGCCCAGGGAGAAGCCCGCGGGCAGCAUCGACUCCUACCUGAAGUCCGCCAACAGCUGGCUGGCAGAGAAGAAGGACAUUGCCGAGCGGCUGCUGAAGAACACGGAGAACGUGAAGGGCUUCUUUGGGGGGCUGGAGACCAAGCUGAAGGGACCCCUGGUCAGGAAGAAUGAGGAAGAUGAGAACAAGCCCAAGGACAAGCAGCCCAAGACUGUGACCGUGUUCAGCCCCGAGGACGAGCAGAAGGGGGAGAAGAUCUACCUGUACACACACCUGAAGCAGCAGCCCAUCUGGCACACGCUGAGGUUCUGGAACGCAGCCUUUUUUGACGCCGUCCACUGUGAGAGGAGAAAGCGUUCUCCCACCACCAGAGGGGAUGCUGGACAGCAGGAGAAGAGGGAGAGGUGGUGCCACAUGACACAGGAGGAGCGGGACGACAGCCUGCGGUUCCACGAGAACAUCACCUUCGGGCAGCUGGGCACCUUCACGCACAACAUGCUGGCCUUCGGGCUGAGCAAGACGCUGUGCCGCGAGUUUCUGAAGAAGCAGGCAGUGAUCGGCCACCUGGACGAGGGUGAGCCCGGCCCGGCCACCGCCCGGGCACCUGGGGGCGGGGAACCCGGGCGGGUUCGGGUGGCUCCUCUUCUCUCCCAGGCCAUGCAGACAGGAAGUCCCCGUGUCUGGAGACGGAGCAGCAGGGUGGGCAGGGGCCUCCUGCUCCCCCGCACAGCGAGGGUUGGGGGUGAACCUGCGCUUGGCGCUCUGAGCCUGAUCAAACCCAGCCACCGGUGCCACCUGAUGGCCCCCUGUGGUUCUUGAACCCCAUCCCUCAGAGCCGUGCAGGGUGGUCACAGCCCUGUUGCAGCAGGGGCAGGGGCACUCUGUCUUCUGGGGUCCCCAGGACAUAGGCCACCCCAUUCCUAGGCCCACUUGAAACUCGUGCCCGCAGCGUGCUGGUGCCGAGCUGUUCACCAAGCACCCUGUGGCACAGCCCUACCUGGAGGGUGGCAGAGGGCCCACAGUGGCCUGGAGGGUGCCCGUGGCCAGGCCUGGGGGGAGCUGUGGGGCGCCUGUCCUGGCCACCCCCUCUCUUCAUGGUGACAUCGUCUUCUCUUCCAGAGCAAUACAAGCUGCUCAGUGACCACAUUGAGCAGAUGGCCACUGAAUAGGAGACGGAGGGCCUGUGCUAAUGUCCAGGGCAGCCACUGGCUGUCCCCACCUCUGACCCUGCAUGACACCAGCGGCACCCAGGGCUGCGCCGCGCAGCCCUGGAACUAGCGGUUAGAAGAACCCGGCUGCCGUCCUCCCCUCCCUGCUGCCUGCGUCUGUCCCUUGGGUCACAUGGCUACCACGAGGGACCUCUGCACCCUCAGUGCUAGGCUGUGAGUGGAGAGGGCGAAGGAGCCGCCUCCGCGCCCUGCUGAGGGCCAGAGGGGCAGGCUGGGCUCGGAGGUGGACAAGUGUGUGGGCACCUGCAGGGCCGCGAGUGAAGGGUGGGCACCGUGGCUGUGGGACAGUCCUGGAGGCCACAGCAGCUGGGCAGUGGCGUCCUUCCCGGAGGGACGGCCCCACGCUCGUGUCACUGAAGGCAGGGACAUUGAAGACUCAUGUCAUUGAAGCAGCUCCAGCGAGGCUGCGGGCAGUGGGCAGCGUGGACUCUCAGCUCCGAGCUCUGAGCGCAGGCCUCCACCCCACAGCCUCCUCCGGGAGCCGUGGGGACCUCUGCAGCCCAGCCUGGGCCUCCGCAUGGCUCUCCCUCCUGCCCUUCGACGCCCUUCAGCCACAGCCAGGACCUGGGCUUCCUCUGCAUGUGCCAGGCCACCUGUGGGGACGGAGUGCAAGCCCCAGCGCCCGGCGUGCUGGCCCAAGCCAGCCGUUCCCCGUGUGGACAGCAGCUGGGUUCCCUCUGCCUCUGGCCGCUGCUGUUCUGGCCGCUGACCUUGACGCCAGCCAUGGGCUCCUCCUGGGGCCCCUCUUCCCUCAUCCCCCUCAGUGCACAGACUGAGCCACGGGCUCCCCCACGAGCACCACUGACCCAGUCUGCUGGUCACCCCUCAGUGCCCAGGAUCCUCCCUGCAGGAGCCCCUUCCCCAGCGUCCCGAGCAGACCCUGAGGCUUGAGCUGAUGUGGCACAUGUCCUGAUGUUGGGUGAUGAUGGCGGGUGGCCCCACGUGCUCUCUGGCGAAGGCUGCCUGCAGGAGGCGGGGGGCCUGGAUGCAUGCAAACCCCAUCUACCCAGCGAUGCCACCAGACAGGGCGGGCUGCGGCCACUGUCUGGACGGUGCAGGCUGGUCCCAGCCACCGCGCGUCUCCACAGACUGGAAGAGAGUCGAGCUGGUGAGGGUACAAAGGGACUCUGCCCCGCAGCUACCUGGGAAGCUUCUCUUCUUAGUGUCCCCUCCUGGCUCCAGUGCCAGCCUCCUGUGACGUGCCCUCCUGACGGCCCUCGGUCGCCUGCCGUCGCCAAGCUGCCCUGGAGGAGCCGGCCCCGCCAGGCCCGCAAGGUGACGUGGAGGUCUCUCCCGUGUUGUCACCAGUGUCACUGAACUGCGUGGGCUUCACGGCAUCCACGACACCCACCUGUGUGUGGAGAAGGCCAGCCACUCUGACCCUGCGGGCUUCAGAAGCACCCUGAGACCGGCCCCCGUGGGCCCUGGAGCGGCCGCUCGAGGAGGGACAUGGACGUGCGACCUCCCUUGAUCCUGGUUCUCGCAGACCCGGCUCAGAGCCGGGGUGAGUCUGACUCCGAGGAGCGUCACCCGCUGGGCGUGGCCUCACAGCUCAGCUGGAACAGAGCUGGCCGCUGGGGACGUGGCGGCCCAGUCCCUCAGGGUCUCCCCACUGUCCCCUGCCGACAGCUGGCUUUGGUGAGCAGUUCACUUUCAGGUAUCCCUGGCCAGUGUCUCCAGGAGGCCGGUCAGUGUGACCGGAAGGCCUCAGCCGGCCCCCUGAGGCGUCCUCCCCUCCCCUGAGCCUCCUCCCCAGGGCCUGGCCACAUGUAAUGACUUGGGCGUGACUCGGACACCCUGCUGGGCACCAGGCACUGCAGAUGGGCACAGGGGGCGCCUCCUGCUUCCCACGAGGAGCUUCCAGCCCCAGCAGGCCGCGCGUGGGCAGCUGGAGCUUCCAGGGCUGUCGUCAGAUUUCCUGCCGCCUGCCUGACCUCCAGGCCACGUGGCUCCUGCUGAGGCAAACAGUGCGAGCAGGACAGUGGGCGACGGGCCAGCACGUCCCUGCCGUGAGGCCGUGCCCGUGUCCAGGAGGGCCGUGCUCAGUCCAGCUUGCAGUCGGCUGUCUGUCGGGGCGGGGGCCUUCGGCUGAGAGCUCAGGACCACGAGAGGACCAGGAGAAGGGCCAGUCUCCAUCUGUACAUCAGCACCUGAUGCUCACGUCCGUCCACAGAACGCGGGGCCUAGAACCAGGCCACAGCGGAGACCCGAGGCCUGUUCAGAGCCAGAGCCACGUCUGCCCAGUGUCCUCCCUGCCCUGAGUGGAGGCGGGGCUGGUGCUACAGCCGCCCGCAGGGCAGAGGGUCUCACGGGGCAGAGGGCUGCAGCUGUGAGGCCUGCUCCGUGGCUGCUCUAUGGACACCUGCCACCCAGGAGCACUGGCUGUCCUGGGUUCCUGGUGAGAGGGUCUGGGCUUCCCACCGUGAAGGAGAGUGAAAGAUUCCAGCCUGGCGGGCCCUGGAGCUGCCCACCGACCCUCUCGGUCACGCUGACCGUGGCUCUUGAGUCCUCAGGGGUCCAGGCAGGCCCGAUGGCCUCACCAGCUCUACACCUGUCACCUGGAAUGCUCACGUGGGACACCAGGGAGUCCAGGGCUUUGCCAGGCACAGCGGGCAUAGGGGCAGGGUAUUUCAAAGCUGGAGAGCCCCUUGUUGUGGGAGAGGGAAGGGACUCUCGGGUGGCAGUGGCCCAGCCUCGGGAGGUCUCUGCAGGCCCCUCCGGCUCCUGGCUCCCCUCGCUCCUCUGCACCCCGCCCAGCUGCCUCCUGCACGUCCUCCAAGCCACUCACCACGGGCAGGUCCUCGGGCUCCGUCUCCUUGAAGAGCUUUGGGUUAGGGGAACCGCACUGGCCGGACGUGCCUGGCGGACUGGUGGCAGUGUUCAAGUGUCCACACCGCCCGGCCGCCUGUCUGUCCUCCCCCUCACGCACUCCUGGGCCUGAACAGGCGGGCGUUGGCGGUCAGAGAGCAGAGGGAGGAGUGCUGUGGGUGGUCCGCACGGCAGGCCCACCCCACCAGGACCGUCCCGCACGGGCUCUGGAGAGGCUUCCUUCUGAGCUCUGUCCCACUUACACCUCUUGGCCUGUGUGUCUGGUGUCCCUGGGGAGGAUGGGUCGCCGGACCUUCGUGGGGCCAGCCUGCCCACCGCCAGUGACCAGGCCCGUCCUGGUGCUGUCCUCAGUUCAGCUUCCCUGAACAGUGUCCCUGGCCUGGGCAGGGCUCUGACAGUGUGGGCACCCAGCCCUCCCCUGCAGGGGACAGUGAAGCUCUGGGCACCCUCGGGGCAGAGUCCAGCCUACUUGCUGGGGACUGUCCCUUCCAGCGUCAGUGGACAACCUGAGAAGGUUGGGUCGAACAUUCCACCAGCAGGAAGCACGUGUCCCCUUAUGACAGCGAGGUCAGGAUCCGGCUGACCACAGCCUGACUGCGCCCUGUGCUGCUGCUGGAACCCCGAGGUGGUCACCCUGUGCCCUCAUCCCCUUCUGAGUCUGUCCUGGGCCCAUUCUGGCCUCUAACCAUCUCCUUGGUGGCGACCCCAUGACGCCAGUGUUUUCUGUGUUAAGUGGCCUCGUGUCCCACAGGUGAUGUCCUAGGAGUAUAUUUUAAGGUUGAGAAAAUUUCAAGGUUGAAGAUCUCAAAGCAGCUGAAAUCGCAGCUGUUCCCUGGGGAGGAGGAAACAUCUGUGUCUGUGUCACACCUCGGACUGUCGGAGGUGAAACGGGAAUAAAUUAUCUUUUUAAAAA